UCUCGGUGUGUGGUUACGUUUUGUAUCGGCGCUCCUUAUUUUUUACAUGAAUUUUUAUAAUUCCUUCACCAAAAUAAUUAAAUAAAUAAUUAUCAUUAAUAAAUAAAACGUGCCAGUGAAAAUAAUAAUAAUUAUUUAAUCCGUCUACGACAAUCCGUCCAUACGAGUCGUGACACCAAUUAAACAUAAAUAAAUAAAUAAGUAAAUAAAUAUAAAUAUAAAUAAAUAAAUCUAAAUAAUAAUAGUAAGUGUGUCGUAGUGUCAGUGUACGUUAUAGUGAGUUAAUAUUUAUAGUGACAAUUAUUUAGUUUAAAUAUUUGAAUUUAAAUAAAAUAUAAUAAAAAUAAAAAUAAUAUAAUUUUCGUUGAGAAUUUUACAAGUGACGCGGGGCGUCGAGAGAUCGCCAGAGCUCGUUGUCGUCGUCUUCGUCCUCACUGUUUUCUGUCUGGAAUAUAACGAGCAUCGGGCCCUCUACAAUCUGUCUCUCUCUUGCUAACUUUUAUUAUUAUUUUUUUUAUUUAUUUUUAUCAUUUUUAAAACUUCCGCCAUUUUUUUUUUAAAUUGACAAUAAUUUAAAAAUUCAAAUUUUAUUUUUAAAAAAAUGUUUUUAAAUUCGCAACAAGUUUAGUGAGAAGGGCACGUUUGCUGGAUCAACAAAAAAUUUUUCCAGUGUCAUCAUGUGUGCCAACUAAUAAUUAACGCAACUCGUGAUUAUAAACUGCAACAAAUUUAAAAAAAAAUUAAAAUACUUUAUUAAAUAAAUUAAAUUAUAAAAAAAUAAAUAAUUGAAUAAUUAUAAAGCUAACAUUACAUAUUAAAUGUAAUUAUAAAUCCGGUUGUAUGUAAAUUAAAACAAGUAUGUAGCUUCUACGUGUUGAUAAAUCGAGAAUGUAUAAUUUUAAUUUAAACAAACGUGAAAGAACGAGGAGGAAAAAAAAGAAGUGUUAAUAUAAAUAUAUAUACAUACAAAGUAUCUUGUAUUCUUGGAAACAUAACAAUGACUACCUCAAACAAUAUUAAAGACAAUGAGUAAAAGCAAGUAAAGGACAAUUUAUAACCGCGAAAUAAAAACAAUACCAAAGGGACCAUAAAUAUUAAUUAUAAAAUAAAAAUGUGUAGUACUGGUGAUUUAAAUGGGUAACCGGUGAGCUUAUUUUAAAAAAGCGCCGGUUUUAAAUUUUAAAAAUCGAUUUUAAAUAGUAAAUGAAAUGUCGAUUCGUUUGACCGGUGGUUUAUUCCUAAUGCCAUCGUCUGGAUUACAAGAUACUAAUGAAAAAUCAAAUAAUAAUUUAACACAUUCGAGUAACAAUGAAACAAACAAUCAACACUAUCAACAAAAUCAUCAACAUCAGGAGCAUCAGCAUCAACAUCAACACCAGCAACAGCAACAUAAUCAGUAUCAUCAUCAAAUGAUGACUAAAACGGUGACGAUAGUGUCCGCUGGACCACAACGUAGCAAUAGUUUGGAUUAUCUUAAUUUUGAAGAAAAAAGACAGAUAAUAGCGUCGUCACUUUCGCUUAGUGAUUUUUUGGCGCAUGGACCAGCGGCUGCGGCUGCUGCGGCUAAGGAAGUUGCUGCUAAUACUGUUGUUAUUGCUAAAAAACAAAAUGGAGCCGCUUUACGAACAAAUAGUUUGGGUUCGGGGGCAAGAACGCCGCCACUCGAGAGGAAAAGUAAAUUUUCAGCGUUCGGUAGAUUAUUUAAACCUUGGAAAUGGAAACGGAAAAAGAAAUCUGACAAAUUUGAAGCUGCAUCACGAUCUCUUGAAAGAAAAAUUUCCGUUAGAGCGAAUCGAGAGGAGUUGGUACAGAAAGGAAUUCUGCUUCCUGAUAGUCCGAUCACGACAAUACCAGAAAACGAUUCGCCAAACGACUCAGGGUUCAUUCAAAAGCCACCGACACCCCAACAGCAGCAACAUAACCAACAACAGAAUCAGAAUCAGCAGCAACAGCAACACCAACAACAGCAGCAACAGCAACAACAACAACAACAACAGCAGCAUCAGCAAACACAGGGUGUUGGAAUGCCCGCGGGGACGCCAACUGCUCAACAGAAAUCAUCGCAACCUCCAGUUUCAGGUACAAAUUCAACGACUACCAACAGUAGUAACAGUAGCAGUAACCAGAAUUCUCAUUCAAUGGGUUCUGGAUCAAAUCCUGAUCAAUCUUCACCUCAUCUUUCACCUCAUUAUCCGGGAGGGACGCAAUCAGCCAAUCAAUUGAACGGCAACACACAAGAGCCGAAAAAGGAAAAGACUGAACAGAAUGCCAAUGGGGCGCUAUCACAAAGUGGUGAAUCAGCCAACCAAGGUGCGAAUCCAGGAAAUCAAGGCUUGGGCUCGGGUGGACUACAUUCGGGGGAUCAGAAGCCAAAUAGGCCAAGUACCCUCGAGGCCUCCCGAAUGCUUACCAGAAGGUUAAUUAUGUUUGGCAUGGAGAAGGGUGUACUGCAGCCAACGGCAGAGGAACAACAAGCAAUCGAUAGGUACAUGUCACCCCUACCACCUCAGAACACUUUGAUGCUGUCGGAACUGCCGGAACCGCCGAUUCCGUUGAGCGAAAUCGGACCAAUUCCACCCCCUCCAAUGUUUAGUUCUCCAAGUCCGACUCCUUUGGCUCGUCAACGUCAGCAAAAUCUUCCUCUUUCUGAUUGUGAGGAUGACGAUGACGAAGACAUAGACGUAGAGGAUGACGAUGACAGUCUCCGAGGUUUUCGUUUCGGGCAACCGGAUCCAGCAAUAGACACCUCAAGAGUAGAGGAGAUCCCCGCCAAGGAGCCAAAGUUCCAUGCGAUGCCAUUAAAAAGUGCGCUGAAGAAAAAAGGUUCCAACAGUGGACCCGGUACACCCCAAAGUACUCCAACUCAAGAAAACAGGCCCCUAACUCUUCGUCAAGAGCUUCACGCUUCCUUCAAUAGUCGACCAGUCAGGUUUGGCCUCGCGUUGCCCUGCACUUUGGAGAAUAAAGAAAACGCACGUCCUUAUGUUAUUAGAGAGGAUUCUGAUGGAUCUGACGACGGACAAGUUCUUUAUCGUGACGACUAUGACGACGAUGAUGAAAAUCGAUUGGCGGCUAAAAUAGCGAGAAAGGAAUCGCUGUCAUUAAAAUUGGCGUUGAGACCGGAUAGACAAGAGCUUAUUAAUCGUAAUAUUCUUCAAAUACAGUCUGAUAAUGAGAGACAAGAGUCGAAAGAGGCGAUUGGUGCACGACUUAUCAGGCGGCUUAGUAUGCGACCGACCCAAGAAGAACUCGAGGAACGGAAUAUUUUAAAAAAACAAAGUCCUGCGGAAGAAAAAAAACAGAAGGAAGAAAAGAAAAGAUAUUUGUUAAGAAAAUUAAGUUUUCGACCUACUGUUGAAGAGCUUAAGGAAAAGAAGAUUAUCAGGUUCAAUGAUUAUAUUGAGGUGACCCAAGCACACGAUUAUGACAGGCGGGCUGAUAAACCUUGGACGCGGCUUACACCAAAAGACAAGGCAGCCAUAAGAAAGGAAUUAAACGAAUUUAAAACUUCCGAGAUGGCUGUUCAUGAAGAUAGUCGACAUCUCACACGAUUCCACAGACCAUGACAAUCGCAAUGUGUAGAGGUGCUAGAGUGUAGUGCGGUUUACCUUAACGCGUUGUGGUAUAGUGAUAUGUGCGACGAAACUUCGCGAAUAAUUUAGAGGAUAAUUAAAAGAAAAAAAAGGUACAGAUUGAAUUCUGUUGAAUCAGAAUGUUUUUUAUUUUUUUUUUUUUUUUUUUGACAUUGUUACCAAAGAGAUGUUUGAAUAUUUAAAAUAAACAUCUCUUGUUUACUCUGUCUACAAGAAGAAGAUUGUGAUAGGAUAAUCGACAACCGUGUGCUAAACGGUCGAUAAUCCGACAAUUAUUUUCAAGGCUCGUUCACACACGUCCUCUCGACUAGUCGUCAAAAAACUAAAACGUCAUCUUACUCCUCCUCGUAUCGCUUAAAUAAUUAAUCUUCAAUGCAAUGCAAUUAUCCUAGCCAUCUUUAUCUUCAUUCCAUGUCAUCGAGUAGAGACGAAAUAUAAUAAAAAUAAAUUAAAACUCAAAGCUCAGAUAAUUCUGAGUUAAUUUAAUAAAUUUUUAAAAAACAGUCGAGUUCGCGUGUAAGUGAAUUUAAUUAAUCAUCUUAAUUAUUUUUUUAAAAUCAGUCAAAAAAAAAAUCGUGUUACCCGAUUGCGUAAAAUUCUCUUACUUUUUUUUUAUUUAAAUAUUUAAUUAAAAAUCAAAAUAAAGUUUUAAAUAAAUUUAAUUUUUUUUUUAAAAUUGAAUAAUUUUUUAUUAUUUUAUUAAUUGACAAUUGAAAAUAUAUAUUUUAGAUUAAAAUAUUUUUUAGAAAUUAUUAACUCGAUACUCGACAAUUAAAAUAUACUCAGGCAUCGAUAUAAAUUAAUUAAUUAAUUAAUUAAUUAAUUAUGAUUAUUUAGUAAUAAAUAGAAAAUUUGUAUUAUUAAUUUUUAUUUUAUAGUUUUUAUGUAAUUUAAAUAAUUACUUUUUAUCUCAUCGGGUAACACCGUAACCUGCAGCUUGAAAAUUAAAACGUAAGAUAAUUAUUGCGAAAUAAUUAAUAAUUAAAUGAACAAAAUAAAAAAAAAGAUGCAUAGUGCAAUGAAAAAUUUGUACAGUAUCAGUAAUUAAUAAGUUUAUUAUUGACUAUUACUAUUAUUAAUUAUCGUUAAUUGUUAUUAUUAAUUAUUACUAUUAUUAAAAUAAUUAAAAUAUUAUUUUUUAAUUAUUAAAUAUUUUUUAAUAAAAUAAUCAUGUCAU